AUGGGAGACUGUAGCAUUUGGUGCAGGCUUAUUCUAAAGAAAAUGCUGAUUUCCUUCGCAUGGUUGUUUGAACGUUUUGUCAAAUGUAUGGGUUCUGCACCAAAAUUGAUCAUUACUGAUCAGGAUUUGGGAAUGAAGGUUGCUGUGGAAAGAGUCCUUGUUGAUACAAGACAUCGAUGGUGCAUGUGGCACAUCAUGUUUAAGGUUGUGGAAAAGUUACCAAAGAAUCUACUUGGCAAUGAAGAUUUGAAAAAAGAGUUAAACAAUUGUGUGUGGUCUGAGCUGAUAGAGCCUGAAGAAUUUGAUGAAGAAUGGAAUAAAGUAAUGGAAAAAAUGGGCUUAAGGACAAUGAGUGGUUUUCCUCGAUGUUUUGCCUCUCGAAAAUUUUGGAGGUACUCCAAGUCUCGUUCUAAUCUUGUUGAAUUUCUUAUGAAUUACAACAAUGCAUUGGAUGGCCAAAGGAGCAACAACAAUAGGCUAGAAUACUUGGAUUUUAAUACAAUUCCAACUUUGAAAACAAAUUCAGCCCUCGAGAAGCAUGCUUCAACAAUAUAUAGUGAUAGUGGUUUCAAACUAAUUCAAAGUGAGAUAGAGGAAGCAGUUGACAAUGUCACUAUGGUGACAGUGUCAAACAUUGGUGAGAAUGAGAUUUAUGUAGUCAACGACAAGUUCUCGAAGAACUGGACUGUGUCAUACUCCACAUCUUUUGAUUCAUAUGCAUGUAGUUGUAAGAUGUUUGGGAGGAUUGGGCUUGUAUGCAGUCACAUUUUUUGGGUCUUGAGAAACAAAAAAAUAAAAUUAAUCCCUAAUGAGUUACAUGGAGGACGAUGGUUGAAGUCUAAAUUUGUCAAGGCUGUUCAUUGUGGGUUUGAUGAUGAUAUUGAAACAUUUAUUGUUGCGGAUGAGACGAAGCAGGAGUAUAGGGAUAUGCAUGGAGAUUUUUAUGAUAUUGCAGGACUUAUUGAAGGAGAUAGUGAUAAAAUUCGAGCAUUUAGACAAAUUAUGGCUGAAGGGAGAAAAGAAGUACUUGGUGAGGGAAAUGUGUUGUCAAUUAGUGAAAAGAGAUUAAUGAUUGAGAAUUUUUAUGGAUCACAUGUCCCUAGUCAAAUAGAUGUUCAUCCGCCAGAUGUCGUCAAAACCAAAGGUUGUGGUCGACGUCUUUCUCGGCUUGAGAAGGAAAUGAGAGAGAUGUCCAAGCCUGGUCGGAAAUGUGGAAAAUGCGGCGAGGUUGGUCGGCAUGAUUCAAGAAAUUGUGAUAAAUACAUGAGGAGAAUAACAAGAAAAAGAGGAGAAACCAAUGUUAAAGCUGGUUGUUUUAUUACUUCAUUCGGAUAUUUCUGUUCUUCAUUGUGUUACUUCUGUACUUCAGUCUUGUAG